GCAGGAUGCUUUUCACUAUCCAAUUCCCACUGUGCGCCGUGUGGAGCAGGAGCUGCGCCGCGACAUCGCAAGCAAUAAGGAGAGGCUCCGGGCUCUUGUUGGGUAUGUGAUGACAACGCCCCGGAGUGGCUUUAGCCUGGGCUAACGAUUUCAUCGCGCAUCUAGGACGAGAUAUCGAGAGCUCGUUGGUACCGCCGAGACGAUUGUAUCGAUGAAUACCGAAAUGGGAAACGUGGACUCGACGUUGGCCGACAUAGGACGACGAUGUAACCCGCGCUUGAUGGAGAAGAUGCACACGCAUUACAACCAGAUAAAGGAGGAUGCUCAUGACCAGGGUAUGGUAUCUCUGUCAAGUCGGCUUUGGCAGUCGGUAGCUGAUGGAUGACAGAUGCCGCUAAAAGGGCGCUCGGGGGUCAGCUCGCUCUACUUCAUCGCUGCGCUGUGUCAAUAUCAAGGCUGCUGAGAAGGCGCGGCUCGUUCCUGCUGGUGGCCAAGCUCAUGGUUGUCUCCCGACUUCUGCACAAGACCCUCUCGCAACAAACAACGGUGCCGCCGUUCGUGGAGAACCUCCGCAACCAACUGGCUUCCCUUCGGCGCACUCUGCUACGAAGACUCGAUAAGCGCCUGGCUUCUGCCAAGUCCACUGCGGAUGAGAUUAUAGAAGCUCUGGCGGCAUAUUGUUUAACAACCAGCUCUUCUUCAGACGACGCCAUUCGCUACUUCCAUCAGAUCCGCUUGGACGUCAUCGGCAGCCAGCUGGAAGUCGUCGACCCGUCCGGCGAGAACGUUUUGAACAGCUUAAGACUAUACAUUCGGACUCUGCAAACUUCCAAGAUUCUGCUUUCCCGCCGUCUUUCUGAUGUGCUCAGUAAGCUGAAAGCACGGCCCCUCUUGACGGAUGUCGACAUUCGCAAUUUGGACGACCUGGAUCUCGGCGUUUUGGGCCGCUGGGUGACCCCGGACGUCAGCAACUUCACGCCUUGGAUUAAGUUGAGCGAGCUGUCGAAAUCAGAAGCAGAAAGGACUAUUAAGCAAUGGUCAAAGCCGGCUUUCGAUAAAUUUGUACAAGGGUGCCGCGGCAGCCUGGCUCACUGGAUAGAUUUCUCAAAGCUUCUUUCUCUACGCGAGAAGACGUUGGAACUUUGGCUGUGCUCUCGCAGCUCUACACCUACGCAUUCAUCAUUACAGGUGCUGGAAGGAAUCCGGUCCGCUUUCAACGAGCGGCUUACGCAGAUUCUUUCCGAACAAGCCAAGUCUUUGGACGUGUAUGGCCAAGGUGUCGCAUCUGCGGUGUCUAGCUGGAGCGACCGUGUACACACAGCUUCUCAAUCGCUUUGGGAUGAUGGCUUGAUCUCUCUUGAUUACUCAAAUGGCUCUGCCGCUUUCAAACAAGCAGUCAUGGAUAGGUUAUUGGGCCGUGACGAUGAUAUAACUGCUUCUCUAGAGAAUUAUCAGACCUGGCUGUCCACCAUCCAACAAUCCAAAGAGUCCAUCGACGCUCUGCGACAAUCACGAUGGCCAGAUGCUCUGGAUGAAGGCGAAGAUGAGGACCUCGAUGUAGAUAUACCAUCCAUCCUGAACGAUGACGACCCUCGACUCCUGCGUGAGGCGCUGCAGACCGCCAUCCAGCAGUCGUUUGAUACUCUUCAGGACUCGUUUGGUGAAACCUUCAAAACCCUCUCAAAGUCGGGUCAGAGUGGCGAGGCCGCCUUCAUGCUCAAGGCCAUUCGACUCGUCCGGAGAGAUCUUCCUACGGAGUUCAUUUCGAGUGACUACGCGCUCGCUCAGGGUAUCAUACCAGACCUGCAGGAAAUCCUCGCCAAGGAAAUAAUCAUACACGCAGGCACCUGGCGGUCCCCGGUUGUUUCCAACAGCAAGUCUCGUGAACUGCCAGGUAGAACACUCUGGGAAGGUGAUCCAGAAGUGCCAGUCCUGCCAUCGCCAUCGACAUUUAAGUUCUUGCGUCGGCUCGUAAGAGCGAUGGAUCAGCAGGGCACUGGACUCUGGGAUGUCUCCACCGUUCGCGUCCUUAAGGAAACUGUACAGAAAGAACUCUCGACUUCUAUUGCCUCCGCAGUCAAGGAUCUGAAGCCGCCUAACGGUGCUGAAGAAAAUCCCCAGUCUGCUCCGGAGGAUACAAACGGAACACCACCGGCUCGAAACGGCGAUGGUAACCAUGUUGAGGAGUCAAAAUCUGAGAAUGAGGCCCAGGACAAGGCCCAGGACAAGGCUCCGGACGGGGCUCAGGAUAUCCAAGAUCGCAGAAUGCAGCUGUAUUUUGACGCUGUCUACCUAGGUGAUGCGUUAGCAACUCAAGACUCCGAGCAUGGUCAGUUAAAGGAGAGGCUUGAUAUGCUUCGCAGCAGCCUCGAGUCGAAUGCGAAAGCCACGAAGAACAUGGAACAAGCGGCCCACGAGUACUGGAAGCGGACCCAGCUCUUAUUUGGGCUUUUGAAUGGGGGGACUGAGCAAUAGGCGACUGCUGGGUCGCGGUACAAAUGUAUAUAGAUCGAUGAAUGAUAAACCAGGCUACCUGAG